CAAAACAACAACAAUAAUUUGAAAACACAUGGCAGAAGAAAGAAAGAGACAAUGGCGUGAAAGUUUGCAUAAUUUUUUAUCAUUUAGCGAUGUUUCUGAGCGAGAAAGCCGUACGAAUGUCAAUGUUGUAUUAGAUCGACUAAAUGCUGAGGAAGACCCGGAAAUUUUUUUAAAAGAUCCUUUUGAAAUUUCACAGCUUAUCAACAAAGGAUGCAACCUAAUUCCUGUUGAUAAAAAGAAUGGCUUUCUUCUUUCAAAAUUCUUCCAGUUGGUUGAUAGAGUAUUGUCAAAGCAGAGUAUAACUUUAGAUGAAAGGAUAUUGAGCUGUCUACUUCAACAUGUAAUCAACUCAACAAGAUGCUGUUUAAAUGUCUCUGUUUAUGACAACUUGAAAUUGAUCAGCAAACUGUUGUAUGAAAGUGGUUCUAAAUGUCAAAAGUUUUAUACAGAACUUUUGGGAACUAAACCACAAGGCAUUCUCCUGGAAUGCACUUCAAGUAAGAACUUGGACAUUGAGACUAGAAAAGCUGCAAUCAUUUGUAUUGGAAACCUUUGUGUCAAAGAUUCAAAUGGUUCAAUAAUUGCUGAAAGUUAUGGAGAAAUUGCACUAUUGACGAUCCUGAAUGUUUUACAAAUGCCACCAAGAAAAGAUGUCGUCAGGAUAGAACAUUGUAAAUUAAUAAACUUGUGUUUAAAAUCAAUUCAAGAUAUUCUUCCUUCUGUAAGAACUUUGUUGAAACGCCAUCUUGGCCAAUUACUAUUGACAAUUAAGAAUUACAUAUUUUAUGGAUUCCCUGGCUAUGAAGUUCCAUUUCCAAACAUUGUUGCCUCUGGUACUACUUCAUCUAAGGAAUCAUCUUCAGACAUGGAACCUGAUGAUUUAUCUCUACUAAAAGUCUCACUGAAUCCUGUUAAAGAGCGCGCCUUCCCCGCUAGAGGCGCCUUGAAAAAAAAGUCCAGACAAAAACGGGGAAGGCGUCAAAAGAACGGCAAACAAACGGAGGAUUUUGACACAGAUCAAAACUUUUCACCUGGAAGAAGUCGCGCGGGAAAGGGGGCGGAACAUGCGGGGAACUCGCGUGGCCGUCACGAAACUAAAGACGCAGCUGGUCAUGAUACUUCAACGGUUUCAUCGUGGCGGGACAGGGCACCCGAGCAGAACUGGCGACUUGAUGAUUCUAUGAACGCAAAGUGGGUCAAUCCCACCUCUAGUUCCGAAUCUGAAUUCUCGGAUUCUGAGACGGGCCAAGUUCGUAGACUCAGGUCAGCUAAAACUCGAGUGAGAAACACGUCUUUGGUAUGUUUGCAAUAUGUGAUCAAGAAUUCCGACAGGAAAGAUUUGUUUGGUUUUUGGUCCAGUUUUAUCUCGGAUGAUAGCGAGGCACUCCAGUGGUCACUAUUUACCAUCAUUCAAAAUGAUGACAAUAUUAAGAAUCGUAUCGGAGCAAUUUCUGUUCUAAUGGACCUCCUUGAUGGAUCAAAACCAUUUCUCGCCGCAGCUGACGACAAUGUUGUACACCAGUCGUCUUCAUCUCGCUCGUUCACGCCGUUCUCGUUCCGUCUUGGUUUCAUGAUCCACGAACUUCAUCGUCUGUUGGAUUGUAUUCCCACUGAGAGCUCAAACGUUGUGCAAUGUCAACUCGUGAAGUGUUUGGCUUUGUUGGUUCUAAACUGCCCAUACCAUAAGCUUCAACACGGCUUGCUGUCAAGAAUUGUUGCAACGAUUCGACCAUUAUUGAGGGAGAACGAUACUUCGUUAAAACAAGCCUGUCUUGUUUGUCUCAGCGCUGUGCUGACAGUAAAUGCUCCCCUCGCUGAAGUCGUUGAAACAAUGCAAGAAACACGAACAUUUCCUGUACAAGAACAUUUUUUCGAGUCUUCAAAACAUUCAGUCAAAACUUCAGAACCUUCUCCGCCCAUGCCCGACGAUGCACCGACGACGACCGACUCCGAAAGCUCGUUUCCUUGGCUUAUCUACGAGUGUUUUAACAUUCUGCAAAGUGAAGAUGCGUCAAGUCUUGAAGAAACCGUUUCUGUUGAUGCUGUGUCCACGACCCGCUCUGAGGCUGUACUCUUGUUAAUAGUCUUUGUCCGCAAUUAUUUUCAUCUUUUGAGUCCAGUAGUGAGACAGAUCAGUCUCGUGGCGCGGGAAUGUCUUCAGCACAGCAGUUCAACAAUUAAAGUGAACGCGAUGAAAUUACUCCAGGAACUCAGUCGAGUGAUGUAUCAAGAAUUCUCUCCUUCCUUUGCGGAGGACGGUGCAGCAGUUGGUCGUGAUUUUUGGUUGAAACUUCUUGAAGGUAAUAUUGUAAAGAUCUUGCAAUCCAAAGACCCGCUGGAAAGCAAAAUUAGGUCGGCAGCCUGCGAUUGUCUUUCUGAUAUUGGAGCUGGAAUCUUUGAACGAUUGACGUUUGACAAGAAAGUUUUGAUCGUCACGCUUCUUAUUGGGCUGGUCAAUGAUGAGGAUGCUUAUGUCAGGGCAGCAUCAAUACGUUGUCUUGGUGUGUUUGUGUUGUAUCCAGUUCUAAGGGAAGACACAGUGUUCGUUACAGACACAGCCAAUGCAGCUCUGAACGGUCUCAAUGAUUCCGUUCUGUUGGUAAGAAUGCGAGCUGCCUGGACCCUAGCCAAUCUCAGCGAUGCUUUAGUUAUCAACAAGAAUAUAGACGAAUCGACGUUUGUUUAUGAAUUCUCAGAAAAUCUGUUGUUACGAUUGAUCAAUGCCUCGUUGAAAGCCAGCGAAGACAGUGAGAAAGUCCGAUGCAAUAUUGUACGAACUUUGGGAAAUUUAGCGAAAUAUCUCAGCAAGGAAAAUGUCGAAAAGCAGGUGUUCCUGGCUGCAGUCGAAAAGAAAUUUGAAGUUCUGUCAAAAUGUAUUUUGAAUGGGCAGAUGAAGACGCGAUGGAAUGCGUGUUACGCCGCUGGCAAUGUGUACAGUAACCUCAGCUUACCCAACGGUCAAACAUCAGCAUCGAUUCAGAUGCAAGAUGCUCUUCUCUUUGUCGUAAACAGCUGUAAGAACUUUAAGGUUCGUAUCAACGCUGUCAAUGCUUUGGCAGUUCCGUCUUUACGAGGUUGUUAUGGAGACGAGAUACAAUUUGCGAAAGUGUGGCGUUGUCUUGUGGAAACACUCUCGAUAACCAAAGAUAUUUCUGAUUUCUCUGAGUUCAAAUAUCGCGACAACCUGAGAGAACAGAUUUGUAAAACAAUCUGUCAUUUGGUGUCGCUAACUGAAGUGGGCGACUUGCAGCACAUUCUUCCUGCAAUUCAGCUGUACCAAGACGACCUGACUGAACAACUUACAAACUUCUAUCAAAAACAGUUAAAGCAAAAUGAAGUAUCCAACGUGUUGGAUGAUGAAACGACGGAACAGAAAAGCACAAAUGAAUUCUUUCUUCUCGCUUUUAAACACAUCAUGGCCAUGCCAGGAGAAGCUCGGAUCAUACAAAAUAUUUAUAUCGAAGCAAAAAGCUGCGCGGAGAACGCUUUAACAGACGAGUUAACAAUCUAACUUCAAACAUGCAUUUCGCAUU